ACGUUGAAAUUUGAUGAUAUCGCGCUUGUUUCAGCACAUCAAGCUGAACUGGCGAGUAUAAUGCCCAGAAACGAUGUGCAAGGAAUUGCAGCUUCAAAACGUGCAACGGUAAAUUGUAUCACCGAACGACUCGGCCGUCCCGGAUCUCAGACUGGAGUUGCACUUGCAAGGUUUCUAUAG